AGCUAAGAUUUUAGGAGCGUAAUUGAGGCCCUUCUCUCUCUCUCCGGUACAAGUCCCAAAGAAGAAGAGCAACAAGGUAAAGAGUAACUGAGAGCGAGUUAACGAAGAACAUAGCCGGAGAGACUGGAGAGAGUGAGAGACUCAGGUCAUUGACCCAAAGCAAUGGGAAGAUCAGGCACAUCUUGCUUCAAGAUCAUCACCUGUGGCAGCGACUCCGCCGAUAACGACGAUCUCAAUGUCCCUGAGAGCAAGAGUCCAAGUGACAAACCUGGUUGGACUUUUCGGAAGAGAUCGGCAAGGCAUCGAGUAUUGAGCAACACUGUGAUAUCAGAGACGCCUUCUUCUGGGAUUAAGGAGAGACAAGAAUCUGCUACUGUCACCUUCCAGACACAAACUAACUCUACUAUUCCAGAGAAAGCCCCUGGAAUGCAAUGGGCGGAUGAGAAACCCAAGUCAGUGGACUUAGAAUUAUCUGAGACCAUCUCUGCUACAGAGGAUAAUGGUAAGGCUGAUGUUGACCCAGAGGAAUCUGCUAUUAUUGUCAUCCAGGCUGCUAUCAGGGGAUUCUUGGCUCAGAGAGCACUACUACAGCAGAAGAACAUUGUUAAGUUGCAAGCCGCUGUACGUGGACAUUUGGUUCGGAGGAAUGCUGUGGGAACGUUACGAUGUCUUCAGGCCAUUAUCAAAAUGCAAGCUCUUGUUCGUGCGCAUCAUGUUCGCCUCUCAAGGGAAGGUUCAAGCAUUGAAGAGAUGCCAGAUGGAAAGGAUGUGAAAGAUAAUCACAGUGCAGAACUCUUGGAAAAGAAAAACACUAGAAUCAAACCGCAUGUAACCUACACUUCCAUUGAGAAGCUACUUAGGAAUAGGUUUGCUCGUGAGCUUCUGGCAUCAACACCAAGGACCAAACCUAUAAACAUCACAUGUGAUCCUUCAAAAUCUGAUUCGUCUUGGAAAUGGUUGGAGCUGUGGAUGUCUGUUUCCUCAACAGGGAAUGAACAACCGCCAAAAUUACAAUCAAGUACAAAGCCACAGGAGCUGGAAAGGGUUGACCAUUCUGGAAGUUUGGUGGAAACUGUAAUUCCAUCAGAUAGUUGUUGCAAGUCAACAGAUUCAAAAUCCAGUGUAGAGGAAGCAGCAGUGCCACCUGAAAGUGAAGAAACUUUGGCAACUCAUGAUGCAGACAGCUUUAACUUCCAAGUAUGCCAACCCACCUCAUAUUCGGCGAGUCAUAGCCUGGAGCAGCUUCAGCCUGAGAGCACAUGCACGUCAAAUUUGAGAGAGAACUCAUUAGGUUCGCUUCAUAGUCAAAUGGAACUAUCGGAUUCAAUUUCUAAAGCGGGGUCCAGUCCCAUGUCUAGUAACCAUGAAAUUAUGAGUGAGCAACCUAAACAUGACAUGAAAAAGUUUGCCUCUGAACAACUUGAGAUAGAGGGAAAGAAGGUUGUGUAUGGGCCAAGAAAGGCCAGUAAUCCAGCAUUCAUUGCUGCUCAGUCCAAAUUUGAAGAGUUGAGUUCAGCAGCCAAUUCAACAAAAUCAAUGAAUUCAUUGAAUCAAGAUAUUGGGGCUGAAUCUUAUGCAGAAUUAGUUUCUCCUGCCAAAGAUAAUGCUUUUGGGACAGGGGAGAUUGGCCUGGCUGAGAAUUCCGUUCCCCCUACUUCAAGGGUUGAAGUUGCUGGCUCUGAAUGUGGCACUGAAUUGUCUAUUACUUCCACUCUUGAUUCUCCAGAUAGAUCUGAGGCAGGAGUCAUGGAGGUUGAGCAGGAAGCCAAUUUUUCAGAGGAUGAGGCAAACAAUUCUAAGAGCACUAAAAGUGUGGAUGGUGAAGCUAAGGGAGAAUCUGUUAUCAUCGGAACUGACUUAUCUAAUUCCAUCUCAGUUCAGCCAGAGAAAUCCGAUGACGUUAAUGGUGUUAGCAAUGAAUCUGUUAAUACUUUAGUGGCUGAGGAUUCUUCACAGGUACUGCAGAAGACCAAGAAAAAUGCAUCUGAUAUACAGCAGAUAGAGCUGGAAUAUGGGACGGAUCACCAAGUAUACAAGCCAUCACCAGAAGAGUCUCCAAGAAGCCACAUAACUGUUCCUGAAUCUCAAGAAACACCUAGUCCGUUAUCAUUAAAAGCUAAGAAGCCCAAAAGUGGAAAACGUAGAUCCAACGCAAAACCUAGGUCUUUGUCUGCUGAUAAAAGUUCCUUUUCAAAUUCUAAUCAUGAUUCUGGGGCAAGAAGUAGUUUGGAGCAAUUACCUAAAGAUUUCAAAACAGGGAAGCGGCGUAAUUCUUUUGGUUCAGCACAACCUGAUCAUGUUGACCAGGAGCCAAGAGAUAGCAGCAGCAGUAAGUCUCUCCCAAAUUAUAUGCAAGCAACAGAAUCUGUGAGAGCCAAGGCUCUUGCCAACAGCUCCCCAAGAUCAAGUCCAGAUGUUCAUGACAAGGACAUUUACAUGAAAAAACGACACUCCCUUCCCGGUGCUAAUGGAAGACAGGGAUCCCCUCGGAUCCAGCGGUCUCCGUCUCAGGCACAACAGAUUGCAAAGGGAAAUGGCACCCACCAUCAUGAUAGAAAGUGGCAGAGGUAAAAAUAUUCUCGAAGACGGACAGAGCUAACAACUACGUGUUGACUAGAUGAGCAUUUCAAGUUGAUUGCGUCAAUCUGUUUGAUGGGUAAACCAUAUUGUGUUGAUUCUGGGGAUCUUCCUUUGAAAGCACGUAAGGAAGCAAUGCACUGGAUUUAUAUUUGUCAGAGGAGGAAAUACGUAGAGAGCAGAGGGAGAAGUUAUGUAAAUGACUGUUUGUACUAUGCCUAUUAUAGCUUAUUUCUGAAAGGUUUUCAAUUCAGAGAAUUGCUUGUAUGCUUGUUUAAUAGCAUCGUGUCUCGUGACAUUCUUUAGGCUUGUAAUAAGAUGGUUUUGGUCAAUGAUGCCAAAGCUUGACAUGAUUUAUGUACAGUAUAUUGGUUUCUACUUAUUUCAAGUUUAAUAAUGUUAUUUAGAUCUAAUAUGUUGACUGUGA